AUGGAGGAAGCCGUAAGCGCUUCUGCUGCUUCCCACCCCUCCGACGCAGCAGCAGCAGCAGCAGCAGCAGCAGCAGCAGCAGCAGCAGGUGCUUGUUCCCGAGUGCCCUUUCGCAGCGCGGCGCCUGCGGCUUGCUGCGGCGGCUCGCCGCCUUUCCGGGACUUCCGGAGCCGCAGCAGCAGCAGCAGCAGCAGCAGCAGCAGCCUGGCGGCGCCCCCCUGCUGCGGGGGGCCCCCCCCCGCUGCAGCGCAGCAGCAGCUGGGGGGCCUCACAGCAGUGCUCUCGCUGGCGGAGGCGCAGCAGCAAGUCUACGAGGCCCCGGGGGCCCCCCUUGUCCUCGUCUGUGGCUGGCCAAGGGGCCUCCGGAUCUUCCUGCAUGCGCUGCUGCAGAAUGGACCCCGCAACGUCCUGGUCCUGAGUCCCCACAGCCCGACCACUGUUGGACCACUGGACCUCGCGGGCUUCGCGGGCUGCUGCGCCUACGUCUGCGGCUCGGGGCUCUCCAUGACGGACUUGCUGCGGGCUGGGGCGCUGCAGGCAGCAGCAGUGGCUGUCUUCUCCUGCCCCCACGUGUCUUGGAAGUUGGACUGCAGCAGCAGCAAACUGGACACUCAGGCGAUCUUGGUUCGCCGGACUUUGUUGGCUCUGUACAAGCGGGGGGGCCCGCUGCCGCCGCCGCAGGGGGGGCUGCUGCUGCCCCCCGCGCUGCUGCGCAGGAAGCAGCCUGCUGCUGCUGCUGCUGCUGCUGCUGCUGCUGCGGCGGCGGCGGCCGACAGACACGCCGCCGCCGCGGCGCGCGAACGCGCAGCAGCAGCGGCCGCCAACUGCAACUGCGGCCAACACGCACAUGCGCCCGCCGCGGACCAACAGCAGCAGCAGCAGCAGCAGCAGCAGCAGCAGCAGCACGCGGCAGCGGCGGGCCAGCGCUGGGCGCCAGAAACGGCAAGUGCGGACCCGCAGCAGCAGCAGCAGCAGCAGCAGCAGCAGCGCGCAACGGGGCUCGAAGACCCCCUCGGGAGACAGGAACCCGCCGCCGCAGCAGCCGCCGCGAUGGACAACUUCUUCCACCAACAGCAGCAGCAGCAGCAACAUGGGAGCCCGCAGAGCUGUUUUGCUGUCUUACAACCGCUUGUGGCUCUUGCUGCUGCUGCUGCUGCUGCUGCUGCUGCGGGUCCUCGUUCUGCUGCUACUGCUGCCGCUGCUGCUGCCUCUUCGAAUCUGCUGCAGUACUGCGACUUCACCUUGGCGGAGGCGCCUGAGUAUGACUCCAGCAGCUACGCGCGGCCGGUGUGGCUGAGGUGA